AUAAUUUUUGGAAUCGAUAUUAUCACAUACUGAAAUGUUAUUAUCUUCCCAUCUUUCAGGCUGAAGGUGGCCCAUUCUGAGAUUAAUUUAAUAAUCAUUUGCUUAGAAAACUUCCCGCAUUGUUCAUGGAGUUUUUCAUCAGUAUGUCUGAAACCAUUAAAUAUAAUGACGACGAUCACAAAACUGUGUUCCUGAAAACAUUGAAUGAACAACGUUUGGAAGGAGAAUUUUGUGACAUCGCUAUUGUGGUUGAAGAUGUUAAGUUCAGAGCCCAUAGGUGUGUGCUUGCUGCCUGCAGUACCUACUUCAAAAAGCUUUUCAAAAAACUUGAAGUUGAUAGUUCAUCAGUUAUAGAAAUAGAUUUUCUUCGUUCUGAUAUUUUUGAGGAAGUUCUCAAUUACAUGUAUACUGCAAAGAUUUCUGUUAAAAAAGAGGAUGUAAACUUGAUGAUGUCUUCAGGCCAGAUCCUUGGUAUUCGAUUUCUUGAUAAACUCUGCUCUCAAAAACGUGAUGUAUCUAGUCCUGAAGAAAACACACAGUCCAAGAGCAAGUACUGUCUAAAAAUGAACCGUUCUAUUGGGGAACCCAAUGAUACCCAAGAUGAUGAGGUGGAAGAGAUUGGAGAUCAUGAUGACAGUCCAUCAGAUGUGACAGUAGAAGGCACUCCCCCAAGUCAGGAAGAUGGUAAAUCACCAACCACUACUCUGAGAGUGCAAGAGGCAAUUCUGAAAGAGUUGGGAAGUGAAGAAGUUAGAAAAGUAAACUGCUAUGGCCAAGAAGUAGAACCUAUGGAAACAACGGAAUCUAAAGACUUAGGAUCUCAGACGCCUCAGGCACUCACGUUUAAUGAUGGCAUAAGUGAGGUGAAAGAUGAACAAACUCCAGGAUGGACCACAGCAGCUGGGGAUAUGAAGUUUGAGUACUUGCUUUAUGGUCACAGGGAACACAUUGUAUGUCAGGCUUGUGGCAAGACCUUUUCUGAUGAAGCGCGUUUGAGAAAACAUGAAAAACUACACACUGCAGACAGACCAUUUGUUUGUGAAAUGUGUACAAAGGGCUUCACCACGCAGGCUCAUUUGAAAGAACACUUGAAAAUACACACGGGUUACAAGCCUUACAGUUGUGAGGUGUGUGGGAAGUCUUUUAUUCGUGCACCAGAUCUAAAAAAGCAUGAAAGAGUUCACAGUAAUGAGAGGCCAUUUGCAUGCCAUAUGUGUGAUAAAGCUUUCAAGCACAAGUCCCACCUAAAAGACCACGAAAGAAGGCACCGAGGAGAGAAACCUUUUGUCUGCAGUUCCUGCACUAAAGCAUUUGCUAAGGCAUCUGACCUAAAAAGGCACGAGAACAAUAUGCACAGUGAAAGAAAGCAAGUUACAGCAGCCAAUUCCAUCCAGAGUGAAACAGAACAGUUGCAGGCAGCAGCCAUGGCUGCUGAAGCAGAGCAACAAUUAGAAACUAUAGCCUGUAGUUAAAAACUAAAGCAGGAACUUUAUCAGAGAUAAUAUAAGAAAUUAAAUGGAGCAAAAUCUGUU